CUGCUUUCGUGCCAGCCAGGCAGGGGGUUUGUCGUCGCCUGGAGGCCCAAGAGGAACGGCCUCCCCCCAACUUACCGGGUUAUGCUGGACCGGGCGGUGAGGGGAACCGAGGCCACCCGGACUUUCCGCGGCUGAGGGCAGCGCCGGUUCCCUGCGGUCAAGAUGCUGCAAAACGUGACUCCCCACAAGCUCCCUGGGGAAGGGAAUGCAGGGUUGCUGGGGCUGAGCCCAGAAGCAGCAGCACCAGGGAAAAGGAUUCGAAAACCCUCUCUCUUGUAUGAGGGAUUUGAGAGCCCCACAAUGGCUUCGGUGCCUGCUUUGCAACUGACUCCUGCCAACCCACCACCCCCAGAGGUGUCCAAUCCCAAAAAGCCAGGACGAGUUACCAACCAGCUGCAAUACCUACACAAGGUAGUGAUGAAGGCUCUGUGGAAACAUCAGUUCGCGUGGCCAUUCCGGCAGCCUGUGGAUGCUGUCAAACUGGGUCUACCGGAUUAUCACAAAAUUAUAAAACAGCCUAUGGACAUGGGUACUAUUAAGAGGAGACUUGAGAACAAUUAUUAUUGGGCUGCCUCAGAGUGUAUGCAAGAUUUUAAUACCAUGUUCACCAACUGUUACAUUUACAACAAGCCCACUGAUGAUAUUGUUCUAAUGGCGCAAACGCUGGAAAAGAUCUUCCUACAGAAAGUUGCAUCAAUGCCACAAGAAGAACAAGAGCUGGUGGUGACCAUCCCUAAGAACAGCCACAAAAAGGGGGCCAAGUUGGCAGCGCUCCAGGGCAGUGUUACCAGUGCCCAUCAGGUGCCUGCCGUCUCUUCUGUGUCACACACAGCCCUGUAUACUCCUCCACCUGAGAUACCUACCACUGUCCUCAACAUUCCCCACCCAUCGGUCAUUUCCUCUCCACUUCUCAAGUCCCUGCACUCUGCUGGACCCCCGCUCCUUGCUGUUACUGCAGCUCCUCCAGCCCAGCCCCUUGCCAAGAAAAAAGGCGUAAAGCGGAAAGCAGAUACCACCACCCCUACACCUACAGCCAUCCUGGCUCCUGGUUCUCCAGCUAGCCCUCCUGGGAGUCUUGAGCCUAAGGCAGCACGGCUUCCCCCUAUGCGUAGAGAGAGUGGUCGCCCCAUCAAGCCCCCACGCAAAGAUUUGCCUGACUCUCAGCAACAACACCAGAGCUCUAAGAAAGGAAAGCUUUCAGAACAGUUAAAACAUUGCAAUGGCAUUUUGAAGGAGUUACUCUCUAAGAAGCAUGCUGCCUAUGCUUGGCCUUUCUAUAAACCAGUGGAUGCUUCUGCACUUGGCCUGCAUGACUACCAUGACAUCAUUAAGCACCCCAUGGACCUCAGCACUGUCAAGCGGAAGAUGGAGAACCGUGAUUACCGGGAUGCACAGGAGUUUGCUGCUGAUGUACGGCUUAUGUUCUCCAACUGCUAUAAGUACAAUCCCCCAGAUCACGAUGUUGUGGCAAUGGCACGAAAGCUACAGGAUGUAUUUGAGUUCCGUUAUGCCAAGAUGCCAGAUGAACCACUAGAACCAGGGCCUUUACCAGUCUCUACUGCCAUGCCUCCUGGCUUGGCCAAAUCGUCUUCAGAGUCCUCCAGUGAGGAAAGUAGCAGUGAGAGCUCCUCUGAGGAAGAGGAGGAGGAAGAUGAGGAGGACGAGGAGGAAGAAGAAGAGAGUGAAAGCUCAGACUCAGAGGAAGAAAGGGCUCAUCGUUUAGCAGAACUACAGGAACAGCUUCGGGCAGUACAUGAACAACUGGCUGCUCUGUCCCAGGGUCCAAUAUCCAAGCCCAAGAGGAAAAGAGAGAAAAAAGAGAAAAAGAAGAAACGGAAGGCAGAGAAGCAUCGAGGCCGAGCUGGGGCCGAUGAAGAUGACAAGGGGCCUCGGGCACCCCGCCCACCUCAACCUAAGAAGUCCAAGAAAGCAAGUGGCAGUGGGGGUGGCAGUGCUGCUUUAGGCUCUUCUGGCUUUGGACCUUCUGGAGGAAGUGGCACCAAGCUCCCCAAAAAGGCCACAAAGACAGCCCCACCUGCCCUGCCUACAGGUUAUGAUUCAGAGGAGGAGGAAGAGAGCAGGCCCAUGAGUUACGAUGAGAAGCGGCAGCUGAGCCUGGAUAUCAACAAAUUACCUGGGGAGAAGCUGGGCCGAGUUGUGCAUAUAAUCCAAGCCAGGGAGCCCUCUUUACGUGAUUCAAACCCAGAAGAGAUUGAGAUUGAUUUUGAAACACUCAAGCCAUCCACACUUAGAGAGCUUGAGCGCUAUGUCCUUUCCUGCCUACGUAAGAAACCCCGGAAGCCCUACACCAUUAAGAAGCCUGUGGGAAAGACAAAGGAGGAACUGGCUUUGGAGAAAAAGCGGGAAUUAGAAAAGCGGUUACAAGAUGUCAGCGGACAGCUCAAUUCCACUAAAAAGCCCCCCAAAAAACCGAGUGAGAAAACAGAGUCAUCCUCUGCACAGCAAGUAGCAGUGUCACGCCUUAGCGCUUCCAGCUCCAGCUCAGAUUCCAGCUCCUCCUCUUCAUCGUCGUCGUCUUCAGACACCAGUGAUUCAGACUCUGGCUAAGGGGUCAGGCCAGAUGGGGCAGGAAGGCUCCGCAGGACCGGACCCCUAGACCACCCUGCCCCACCUGCCCCUUCCCCCUUUGCUGUGACACUUCUUCAUCUCACUUCCCCCUGCCCCCCUCUAGGAGAGCUGGCUCUGCAGUGGGGGAGGGAUGCAGGGACAUUUACUGAAGGAGGGACAUGGACAAAAUCACAUUGAAUUCCUAGCCCCAUUGGGGAGUGACUUCUUGGACACAGAGCCCCCAUUCAAAAUGGGGCAGGGCAAGGGUGGGAGUGCAAAGCCCUGAUCUGGAGUUACAUGAGGCCAUGGCUGCCCUAUUCACUUCUGAGGGCCCUGUUUUGAGAUUGUUUGUUCUAAUUUAUUUUAAGCUAGGUAAGGCUGGGGGGAGGGUGGGGCUGUGGUCCCCUCGGCCUCCAUGGGGAGGGAAGAAGGGGGAGCUCUUUUUUUACGUUCACUUUUUUUUUCUACUCUGUUUUCCCUUUUUCCUUCCGCUCCAUUUGGGGCCCUGGGGGUUUCAGUCAUCUCCCCAUUUGGUCCCCUGGACUGUCUUUGUUGAUUCUAACUUGUAAAUAAAGAAAAUAUUAUUCAA